AUGGCAUCAUCCAUAAAUCGAAUCUUGAAGGGCCACAAGGCUUCAUACAGAUUACUCGAGGUCCUUAAAGAGCCCUCAGUCUUCAAAGCCGCUAGGGUUACAUCCACAGAUGGGCCCUAUCACAACAAUUUAGUAGUUAAAGAUCUUCGCGUGGAGAGAGAGCUCCGCGCCCAUCAGUUGCCUGUCAUAAAAGAAUGUCCCUACAUUCGUCAAGUAGUAGACGUCAUCGAGAAGGGAGAACAUGAGGAUUGGAGCCCAUCACCACCAACCAUACAGAAGCGCCUGGUUUUGGAAUGGAUGGAUACGGACUUGUGGCUAGUUCGCCCAUUUGGCAAGCCUUUUUCGAAUCCAAGACUUCCUCAGAUAGUCGCUAGAUCGAUGCUCGAGGCGCUGUUAGUAUUCCAGCGAGUGAAGGGCGUACAUACAGGUGUUGCAAAGAAUAAUCCUAGUGCGCAGACCCACGAAACGCGCGCUCCUGAAGUAUGGAAGGGCUUGGGUGUUUGGCACUCGUCAGAUAUGUGGUCUUUAGGGGUAACUAUCACACAUUGGCUUAUGUCUGGAACCCUGUUUGGUCCACAUGAUAAGAUCAUCGAAGGAAAUCACACGGCAUGGUGCCUGGCAAAAAUACAUAGGCUCGUGGGCCCCAUUGAUAUGCCGGAAAACCCAGAGUAUAAAGAGGAUUUUGAAAUGGGCGCGGCACUUGAGAAGAGUGGAUAUGUGCAUCCUAAAACUGGUGAGACAAUCCCAUUCAUCACGGUUGGGUCAUUGCGGGAAGAACUACAAAAGCUCCCCAGGGAAAUCUGCUCUGAAGAGUGCAUUGACUUUAUCGAACAUCUCCUUGUUAUUGAUCCAGCAGGACGGCCUACAGCUGAAGAGGCAAUGAAGCAUCCAUUUGUUAGCUCCAUAUCUCUUGACCAGCCUGUUUCGAGCUACAGUAGUUAG